AUGGCAUCCCUCAAGACCCUCCUCCUCACCUCCCUGCUCGCCACCGCCGAGCUCGUGGCCGGCCACGGCGCCAUCAUCGCCGCGACCGGCGACGCCGGCGGCUCGGGCAUGGCGCUGGGCAUCGACACGAGCACGCCGCGCGACGGGACGCGCCGCAACCCCUUCCAGCAGGACAGCACGCGGUUCAAGGGCGACGCGGCGGACACGUUUGGCGAGACGGUCGGCGCGGGCGACAACGAGCUCGAGGCGGGCACCAAGGCCAUCAUGGCCGAGACGGGCGAGCAGCUGCCGCAGGUGUCGCAGGGCGGCGAGGUGCAGAUGACGCUGCACCAGGUCAAUGCUGACGGUGGCGGUCCGUACACCUGCAUGAUCAAUGCCGACGGCACCGGCCAGGACUGGCAGAACAUUGAUGUCACGACCACGCCUCCAGGCGAGAACUCGCGCAACCGAGAUGGUGCCGCCACCGACUUCCCUCUGAAUGCGGCCAUCCCGGCCGACCAGUCCUGCACCGGUACCGUGGCCGGCCAGGACAACGUGUGCCUCGUCCGGUGCCAGAACGCCGCUCGCGCCGGCCCCUUCGGCGGUGUCGUCCCGGUACAGAUGGCCAACACCACCACGCCGGCCCAGGCCCGCCGGGCGCUCGCCCUGUCCAUGAAGCGCAGCGAGCAGCUGCUCACCAAGAUGAUCAAGCGCGCCUCGACUAUCGACGUGUCUGACCUGGACCCGGAGUAUCUCGCUGAGCUGCGGGCCGAUGGGGAGGAGAUCUGA